GCGCCUCCGUUUGCAUCCGGGUCCCGGGGCUCCGCGCUCCGCUCGGCCGCCGGCCCCGCCGCGAGGUCGCCGGCUGCUGCCUGUUCCGGCUCUGCCAGCAUCGGAGACGCAGAUUUGAACUUCACGUUCUGGAAACUGUGCAUCAUCAUAAUGAGGCUUGUAAUUCUUGAUAACUAUGACUUGGCCAGUGAGUGGGCAGCCAAGUACAUCUGCAAUCGCAUCAUUCAGUUCAAGCCCGGUCAGGACAGAUACUUUACACUGGGCCUACCUACAGGGAGUACACCUUUAGGAUGCUAUAAAAAACUAAUAGAAUUUCAUAAGAAUGGAGACCUCUCAUUUAAAUAUGUGAAGACCUUUAACAUGGAUGAAUAUGUAGGACUUCCCAGAAAUCACCCUGAAAGCUACCAUUCAUACAUGUGGAAUAACUUUUUUAAGCAUGUUGAUAUAGAUCCCAAUAAUGCUCAUAUACUUGAUGGGAAUGCUACAGAUUUACAAGCAGAAUGUGAUGCUUUUGAAAAAAAAAUAAAAGAAGCUGGAGGAAUUGAUCUUUUUGUUGGAGGAAUAGGCCCAGAUGGUCAUAUCGCUUUCAAUGAACCAGGAUCCAGUUUAGUUUCAAGGACAAGAUUAAAAACUCUAGCAAUGGACACCAUUUUGGCCAAUGCGAAAUAUUUUGACGGAGAUCUGUCGAAGGUGCCAACUAUGGCUCUGACAGUUGGCGUGGGGACGGUCAUGGAUGCCAGAGAAGUUAUGAUCCUCAUAACAGGUGCACAUAAGGCAUUUGCCCUGUACAAAGCAAUCGAAGAAGGAGUCAAUCACAUGUGGACUGUUUCCGCUUUUCAGCAGCAUCCCCGAACCAUUUUUGUGUGUGAUGAAGAUGCCACUUUAGAAUUAAGAGUUAAAACUGUGAAAUACUUUAAAGGUUUAAUGCAUGUGCACAAUAAACUUGUGGAUCCACUAUACAGUAUGAAAGAAGGAAAUUGAAGGAGAUUGGAGCAAAAUUCUGCUUGAAUGAACAGAACAAUUUCAUAAGUAGUAAAUGAAUUUUCAGCUAUGCAAUAUGAUAAAACUUGGGAGUUUUUUUUAAGAUUGUCAGUUUUUGAAUUCCAACAUCUAUGUUAAAACAUUCCGCAUUUGGAAAUUGUCCAUUUUAUACUGGGGUUUAGGUCAGUGGCUUUCUCAACUAAUCAUCUCUUUAUUGAAUGAAAUCACAUAACUACCCUAUAAAACAUUAUAGAAAUGAAAUAUUUGCCUGUUUAAAACUUAAAGACUCAUUUUAAGGUAAAGAUUCUUUAUGUACCAUUCAUUAUUGUAGUGACAUUCUUAAAUCGUUUCUUAAUCACAUGAAGACACUCCAAGGCCCUUCGGGAACCAAACUAUCAUAGCAAACCUUUAGUUUUGGAACACUAGUAUAUUUUGUGUGCAUUUCACACAGGCUUUCUGCACGUGGUUGCCUUAAUCAUCUUCCUGCAGUAGCACAUGGAUAUUAAAAAGUCCUUCUAUAGAGUGUUAUAUACAGAAUUAGGAGAAGACAGUGCCUCAAAGUACAGCUUAUUGGAAAGUAUGUAUACGUGCAUGUUUUCUGUGCACAUUCUUCCUUAGCACUUUUUUACAAAUGUGCUUAUUUUCAUUUAAUGACUUGGGUUCCUGCUCUUAAAAGUAUUUUGGCAAUAAUGAGCUUUAUAACUAGCAAUUCACUUGGGGAAAAUUCCAUAGAAAAUUUUCAAAUUAUUGUUAAAUCUCAUAAAUGACUAGCUUUAGUUCCUUAUAUAUAAAGAUAAAAUGAUUUAGUACGUAUUAAACUAAUUACUGUAAACUAUUUUAAAUUGCAAUAAUUUGCAUCAUUAAAUUGCAAAUAAAAGUACAUUGUUUACUAUCUUUAACUCAAAUAAAGCUUAUUAAUAAAAAAAUUAAGUUAUCUACAUUUUAUUUCCAGAAAUUGAAGAUUACAUGCAUCCGAGAGUCACAACAGUGAUUUUGGUAGCUGUGUCUGCAUUUACCUUUUGUUUGGUGCUAAUAAUGUAAUUGGUUUUCACUAAUGACAUAAUGCCCAUAAAUUCUCAGUCUUGUUCAACAAGAGGGUUAAACAGUAUUCUCUUUUCCUCAGCAUUUUUUAAGCUAUCUGUUAUAAGCAGAUAGAGGGCUUUGUGAAAGAUAAUUUUGCAGGUAUGCAGCAGGGCAAGAAGAUGGUAAGUUGGGUUAAGGCUCCACAGACCCCAGGUCCAGUUCCCAGCACAAGGUCCCCCGCCCCUUGGGCCUCUCCCAGGUGAUGCAGCAACGCAUCCUUUGGCCCUUGUAUUGAGCUGUUGGCCCAGGUGGCCAAGAAUCACUGGGGUCCUCAGAAUCCCAAAGUAACUGCUUGGAAGCCUCACCCCUUAAUUCAAGUAAUAAAUGCAACCGUUUAGGUAUAAAGCAUGCUACUUUAACAGCGUAUGUUGAUGGUGCAAGUGCAACAAAUCACUGUUAGAAAUGGUUUUCAGGCUAGUGAACCAGCAUCAUCUUCCAGCCAACUCUUGGAACUAAAUACUGGUUACUGCAAACUACCUUCUUUAGCAUGUCACAGAUCAGAGACAAAGAGCCAAGCUGCUUCUGUUCAUAGCUGACUAGUUUGUGCUUUUGGUAUGCUAAGUGAAAUAGGGUCUACAAGAUCACUUAUCUCUAUCCUUGAUAUUAGGAAGCAAAUAUCCUAGUAUAGGUCCACAUAUUAAAGCUUUUCUCUUUUUCUGGUAACUUUAGCAUCCUAACUUAGAACAUAAUUGUUAAACAAAGAAUUGAGAAACUUGGAGAUACUUCACAUAGCUUUGAAUUAGGAUUUGCAGAAAUAAACCAGUAUUUUACUCCCAGUUCUGCCAGUAACAUUGAUUGUACAGAGUAAGUCGAGGUAUCCCCAAUUAUUAAAAUGGAAUAUUAAGCAUAUCUGUGUCUUGGUUGUUGUAUAGCUGGAAUGAGGAAAUGCCUCAGGACAAUUAGCUGCCACAUAUAGAGUCCACAGUGGCUAUUCUAGCACUCACAGGUAUAUAAUAUUUAUGUACUAUAAAUCUUAAGCUAACUUUCUCUGGGGGAUAUACAUUGAAGGCAUACAAUUUUAAAUUGUGGAUAUCUAUUGGGAGAAUGACCAACGCAUAGAACUUACACUUAUCUUGAAGAUUAGGAAAAAUAUCUUUGUGUACUGUUUACUUACAAGUCAAACUAUUUCCUACAGAGUCAGUUUAAAAGAAUUAAAUUUCUGGGACCAAGCCAGUAGUACAUGGGUGGGUAUUUACCUUGCAUUUGGCUCACAUUACAAUGCCUUCUGUCACAUGAGGUCUUCCAAGCCGGGACUGACCCCUGAGCACAGACAUGAAUGUCGCAGCACAAAGCAGAGAUUUUUUAAAAACGAAUUAAAUUUCUCUAAUUGCAGCUUAUUAACAAUACACAGAUACUAUAAAGUAGAUAACGUGUGAGAUUCCAAACUUUCAACAUCCUUUGGUAUGACUAAUCAUAUAAAAGAUUUUUAGUAACUAUAUUGAAAUACUUCCCCAUUUUCAAAUAUAUUGUCACUAACCAAAAUACUAUUGCCAUAGUCUUAAAUUUCAUCUCAUCUAUUAGCGCUAGAAGAGAGGAAAAUAGUUGCUUAUCUAAAUGAAAUAGGUCUACAUUAUAGACAGCUAUUUUUCUCUAUACAUAAUUGUAAGUAAAUCUUCAUUUCUAAUUUAUAAUAACACUAGUCUAAAAAUAGCCCGUUCACUGUAUUCAAAGUAAAAGACAAAAAUCAGUAUCUAGCUUACAGCAUCUUCCUGUAGUACACUCUAAAAUCUGUUUUAUUCCUGAACUGAGUUGAGAUGAUGGCACAGAACACCUGCUUUGGAGAAUGUGACUUACUGGCUGUGUGACCUCAACUAAGUCACAUAACUGUUCUAAAGCUCAGUCUCCUAAUUAUGAAAUAAAAUAAUUAUUAAACUAAUUAAUAAGGCUGGAGUGCACACUGUGCAGGGCGAUUGCCUUGCAUGCAGCUGACCCAAGUUUGAUUCCUGGGCACCCCAUAUGGUCCCCCAAGUCCUGCCAGGAGUGAGCCCUGAGAACCACUGCAUGUGACGUUCCAGAAUUGUAAUUAACAGCUGUUAGGAAUGCCAAAGACCUAAUACUGAUACUCUUUCAGAAGAUAGCCCUCCUAUGUUUAACUGCGAUACAUCUGCACUCCACUGUGCUUCCUAAUUACUACAGAGCCAGAGGCAGCAACCAGAGCCAUACUGAGUGAUGCUUGGAGUGGGGCAUUUGGUGCCAGGAAUGAAACCGGGGUCUUCUAUUUCACACAGCUAGGAAAGAACUCAUACCUAGCAUGAAUGAGGCAUUAGUUCAGUCCCCAUCACUGCACGUCCCUCUUUUCCCAGCACUGCACUGCUAACCCAAACCAUGAAUGGAAAGACUCCAGGGUCCCAGGAGUAUAAGAUAUGGCCCUGUAAAAAUUCAUCAAAAGCCAUUUCACUUUAAUAACUCAUCUAAAAGCAUCUCAAUUUAUAACAAUUUAAAUUUCGCAUCCUAAGUGUGGUGCUUUUCAAUGUAAGGGGAAAAAAGUGCACAAGAACAAAUUAAGAUUCACCAAACAAUGCCAGUGUUUUGAACUCGCGUAUUAGAAACAUGUCUUAUCUUUUUUUCUCCAUAACUUAAUGGCCAUAAGAAAUACCGAGGCUAGAGAGACGGUACAGUGAGUUGGUUGCUUAUCUUGCAAAGUGCCCAACCUUGCCAGGAGUGAUCCCAGAGCACAGAACCAGGAGUAAGUCCUGAUAUAUAGCCAGGUGUGGGCCCCAAACAAGAAGUAAAGAAAUAGCAUAAACCAAUUCUACUAAAAAUAGAAAGAGGUAAGUAAAUAUUGUCCAGGCCUCCCUGCUAGACAGCUGCAGAAUAGAAAUUUGGAACCAGACAAGAUGGCUUCAGAGUUCAAG